AUGGCGGACGAGGAGCGGUCACUGCUUCUGUCCGAUCAGCACGACGGGACCAACGGCUUCUCUCCCGGCGGGUAUCCACGGAGUAUAGCACCGCUGCCCAGUUUCGUGGAUCCUGGAGAACCUCCACCUCCGUACUCGCCUCAGGGCAGCCCGGACAGCGGCAGCGCUCCGGUCAUCAGCUGCAGAGUCUGUCAGAGCAUCAUAUCUGUGGAGGGCAAGACGCAUCAGCACGUGGUGAAGUGUAACCUCUGCAACGAAGCUACGCCGAUAAAGAACGCUCCUGUUGGGAAGAAAUAUGUCCGCUGUCCGUGUAACUGUCUGCUGAUCUGCAAAGUCACGUCGCAGAAGAUCGCCUGUCCGAGGCCGUACUGUAAACGUGUCAUCAACCUGGGACCGGUCCACAUCGGCAGUGACAGUCCAGAACCGCGGCACCAGCCCGUUGGCCUCAGGGUCAUGUGUGGACACUGCACCAGUACAUUCCUGUGGACUGAGAUUUCAGACCGGACCCUGGCUCGAUGUCCACACUGCAGAAAAGUUUCUUCGGUUGGUCAUCGCUACCCGAGGAGGAGGAGCUGGUUGUGUUUCCUGCUGUUUAAUGUGUUCUUAGCGUCGACCAUCGGACUUUUGGUUGGUACGUGGAAGCCCGCCCAUCAAUCCAAAGGGAUUUACGUGUCAUGGGUUCUGCUCAUCGUUCUCUGUCUGCUCACCCUGAUGAGAGCCGUCUAUUGGAGGUGUCUGAGGAUCAGCUGCCCCAUCUCAAACGUCACGUAGAGGAACUGCGAG